AUCAUCAACAUCAUCAUCAUCCUGGCUGGGGCAAUUGCACUCAUCAUCGGCUUUGGUAUUUCAGGGCGACAUUCCAUCACCGUGACCACGUUCACCUCAGCGGGCAACAUGGGGGAGGACGGGAUCCUGAGCUGCACUUUCGAACCUGACAUCAAGCUCAGUGACAUUGUCAUCCAGUGGCAGAAGGAAGGCAUGGCGGGCUCUGUCCAUGAGUUCAGAGACGGCAGGGAUGACCUCACACACCAGCACGAGGCGUUCCGAGGCCGCACAGCGCUCUUCUCUGAUCAGGUCAUCGUGGGCAAUGCCUCUCUACGGCUCAAAAGCGUGCAGCUGACAGAUGCCGGGACCUACAAAUGUCUCAUCAUCACCUCCAAAGGCAAGGGGAACGCACACCUGGAGUACAAGACUGGAGCCUUCAGCAUGCCUGAGAUGAAUGUGGACUACAACGACAGCUCCGAAAGCCUGCGCUGUGAGGCCCCCAGGUGGUUCCCUAGGCCCACAGUGGCCUGGGCCUCCCAGCUGGACCGGGGAGCCAACUUCUCAGAAGUCUCCAACACCAGCUUUGAGCUGAACGCAGAGAAUGUGACCCUGAGGGUUGUGUCGGUGCUCUACAACGCCACCGUCAACAACACCUACUCCUGUGUCAUUGAGAACGACAUCGCUAAGGCCACUGGGGACAUCAAGGUGACAGACUCAGAGAUCAAACGGCGGAGUCAACUGCAGCUGCUGAACUCCAAGGCCUCCCUGGGUGCCGCUGCUCUCUGCCCCCUGGGCUGGGCACUCCUGUCUCUGAUGCUCAAAUAA